AUGGCGGAAUUCACCCGCCAUACAAAGUUGAUAAAAAAACAAUACCAACUGCAAAUGCUUUCUGGAAGGUACUUCUGGAGCUCGAAACUUGACCCAGAGUCAAUCGGCCUACAGCCGUAUUCUCAUGUAUUCUCUACGAGCCCAGCUGAUAUGGACUUCAGGCUAUGCCAUCAGCAUAGUUUGACCCAUUAUGCAGAUCAGUUUCUCCCAGCUCAGCUGCUGGAAUGGCGACUCGGGAUUGAUUUUGCGGACCUCGGCCUUUCCACUAGGAAGCUUGACCGGUUCGACCGGACACCUGCUAAAAAGUUACCUUCUAUAAUAACACAACGAUUCUCACACACAACUCUUCAGCUACCCCCAAAACGCACCAUUCGCUUUUUAUUUGUAGAUGGGUUUGCAGUCGCCCAGCUCCGGUGGGGUUACGUUGACAGAAAGGCCAGUGGAGGGGGGGUGUGGGGGAGACAAUAUUGCCGCCGUCGCGGCUGGCGGCGAAAUGAUAAACAGGGAGGAACACAGAUGGAUUGGGAGCGAAAACUGCGCUUGAAGGUAGAUAUCCGCCUGUGUACUAUUGCUGGAAUCCUGUGCAGUUUGAAUUUCCUGGAUUCCGGCAUCAUUUCCUCAGCCUCCGUAACUAGCAUGAUGACCGAUCUAUCACUGGAGGGAAACAGAUAUUCCGUGGCGAUCUUCAUCUUCACCAUCGCCAGUGUUAUCUUUCAGCUUCCAUCGACUGUCGCAGUGCGUUUAGUCGGGCCCCGGCAAUGGUUCUCUCUGAUCACUAUCUGCUUCGGGGUGAUUACCUUGUGCACAACUUUCGUAGAAAACUGGAGGCAAAUGAUUGUUGUCCGGUUUUUCUUAGGCAUGUCCGUAUCCGGAAUGUACCCUGGACUGACAUAUUUGAUCAGCACCUGGUAUACGCGCGAAGAGCAACAGCUUCGUUUUGCUUUCCUCCAGGCUUGGGAGGUUUCACUCCUGGCUUCUGGGAACAGUAUGAAUUAUGGCCUGAAUCUCCUUGGCGGCAGAUCUGGACUCGAGGGAUGGCGAUGGAUGUUCUUGGUGAACGGACUGAUUACAAUCUUCUUUGGCAUCAUCACAUGUUGGUGGAUGAUCGAUUUUCCAGAAAAUGCACAUCAUAGCUUCCGUUUCUUUACCAAGACGGAAUCAGAUAUAGCGACGGGGAGGAUCCAUAAUGAUAGGCAGGAUACAAUUCCCGAGCCGUUUUCUAUAUCCAAGAUCCUGGUCUAUUUUCUCGAUUUUAAAUUGUACGGAUUCAGCUGUCUCUCUUUUCUGUUGAACCUGGUCUCGACUUCGCUCUCGUACUUCCUGCCAAUAAUCCUUCAAGGAGGCAUGGGCUUUGAUACGGAUAAGUCGAUUCUAUUAUCUGCACCUCCUCGCAGCAAGUCACGGAUCCGUUAUAUCGGCAUAUUCCUCGCCACAGGUGCGUACGUCUCCAACUGGGCAGCCCUGAACGCUUACCAAGCGAACAAUAUUGUUGGGCAAUGGAAGCGGGCUACCGUGGCGGCUUCUGUGACGGCUUGUAAUGGCCUGGGAGGCAUUGCGGGGAGCUUUAUUGUGAAAUCCAGUGAGCCGCCGACAUAUGAGACAGCGGUUUGGGUUUCUAUUGGUUCGCACAUUCUUAUCCUUGUGAUAGUAAUCAUGUUCUCUGUGUACUUCCGUGUCAUGAACCGACAACAAAAGGCAAGCGGGAAAAUAAUUGCGGGAGUGGUACAAAAUACAGAGUACGAUGGGUUUCACUACACAUAUUGA